CCUUGUGGUAUUAUUCCAUCAUUAUUUCGAGUUAUUUUAUUUGGGCAUGCCGCUCAAAAUGUUUGUUAAUAAAUACAUUACGAUUCAUACACUCUGUGCUGUAUAUUAUGUAGUUGCGCAACAAGAUAAAGAAAGCAAAUUCGGCGAGAUUGUGAAGAGAACAGUCAUCGCCACUGCACACACAUGUAUGGACCAUGUCAACGCCACAACUAAAGACCUGGAGCACCUUCGUGAUGAACCGCCCUACCCAGAAACUUCAGCUUGCAUUGUUAAAUGCUUACUAGAAAAGAUCGGUGUUGUGAAAAGCAACAGAUAUUCGAAAAUGGGUUUCAUGACCGCCGUAACACCUCUAGUGUUCGCAAACAAAAAGAAAAUGGAACACAUGAAAACAGUGUCAGAAAACUGCGACAAAGAGGUAAAUCACAAACAUGAGACGCCAUGUCAACUUGGAAAUGAGGUCACUACAUGCAUCUUUAAAUACGCUCCCGAGCUACAUUUUAAGUCUUAAGCAUGUAGAGUACCAGCUCACAUCAUUUCGCGAAUAUAUUUAUAAUACAAGUACAGGAACGGAAAAUUAAAUUAAUCUUAACUUUA